AUGUGGUGGCGCCGCCUCGCCGCGCCGACGGCCCGCACCUGGCGCGCGCCGGUGCGCGUGAGCAGCAGCGCCGCGCGCCUGCGCGACGACGUCUUCUUCGCGCCGGCGUCGGCCGUCCUCGCGCCGUUUCCGCGCCCGGCCCCGCUCCCGCCGCGGCGGCCGGAGCGCGACCUCCGGCGGCGCGCGGACCCCUGCCGCGACGCCGAGGCGGCGCUCCACGACGGCCUCGCGGCCGGCGGCGACGCGGGCCGCCUCUUCGCCGACGCGCUCUCGGCCUACGCGCGCGGCGGCGACGGCCCGCGCGCGGCGGCCGCGCUCGGGCGGUGGCGCGCGGGCGGCUUCGCCGACGCGGCCCUCGAGCGCUUCCUCUUCGAGCGCGGCGUCGUCGCCUGCGCGCGGGCCGGCGACGCCGCCGGCGCCGCGGGCCUCGCGGCGGCCGCGCGCGGGGCCAUCUCGGACCGCGGACACCGGGCGGCCGUGCUCUGCUGCGUCCGCUCCGGCGACGUCGGCGCGGCCCUGCGCGCCGCGGCCCUCAAGGCGCCCGAGUCGCCGCGGGGCGAGGCGCAGCUGCGGCGGCUCCUGCGGUCCGCCAUGUUCCGCCCGGGCCUUCGGGACGAGCUCCCGGUCCUCGACGGCUUCGACGCGCUCGGCCUCGCGGCGGACGGCCAGAUGUACGCCCGGGCGGCGGCGGGCGCGGCGGCGCGCGAGGACUGGGAGGCCGUCGUCGCCGUGGGGCGGCGCUUCGACGCCGCGCGCGCGGCCGCGGCGGCCCGCGGAGAGGCGGCCGCGUGCCUCGCGCCGCGCGACGACGGCGCCGUCGGCGUCGCGGCGGCGGGCGCGCUCCAGCGCCUCGGCCGCUGGGACGAGGCGCUGGAGAGCCUCGAGGCCGCGGCGGCGCGGCGGCGCGGCGGCGACGACGCCGCGCGCACGGGCGCGGGCUUCGCCGUGCCCCGCGGCGGCGCCGCGCGCGACGCGCGCGCCUUCGCGGACGAGGCGCGCGCGCUCGGCCGCGACGCGCGCGUCGCCCGGUCCGGCGCCGUCGUCAUCGCCGCCGCCGCGGCGCCGCCGCGGCGCGCGGGCGUCGCGCGCGCCAAGGCCGGCGCCGCGGCGCACGCCGCCGCGGCGCGCCACUGCCUCCGGGCCCUCGAGGACGGCGACGCGGCCGCGCUCCGGCGCGCGGCCGCGUGCCUCGGCGCGCGGGACGCGCGCGUCGCGCGCGCGGGCGCGCGGGCCCUGGGCCGCCGGGACCUCGCCCCGGGCGCCGCGGCGGCCAUGCACCGCGCGCUCGCGGACUCGGGCCACGGGUCGCCGCGCGGCGACAGGCGCGCCGCGCUCGCGCUCUGGGCCGCGGGCGACCGCGGCGGCGCGGUCGCCGCCGCGGCGGGCGACGCCGCCGCCGCCGACGCGCUCCUCGCCGCCGCCGCGGCGGCGCCGGGCGGCCACGCGGCGGCCCUCGACGCGCACGAGCGGCUCGCCGCCGCGCGGACGGCCGCGGGCACCGUCGCCGUCGCGGCCGCGCUCUGCCGCGCGGGCGAGGUCGACGCGGCCAUCGCGCUCGCGGCGCGGUCCGUCGACGCCGACGGCGACGACGCGGCGGCGCUCCUCGCGGCGCUCCGGCGCCGCGCGCCGCGGCGGCCGCCGGGGACCUUCGGCGCCGCGCUCGCGGCCGCCGGCGGCGGCGCGGACGCCGCGCUCGACGCCCUCGUCGACGCCCUCGACGCCGGGGAGGCGCUCACCCUCGGCGACUUCGACGCGGCCCUCGACGUCCUCGAGGCCGCGGGGCGCCACGCGGACGCGCUCGACGUCCUCGACGUCGCCCGGCGCCACGCGGUGGACGCGCCCGGCGACGGCGCGCUGUAG